AUGGAUAUAGGUGACGGUAAUCGAGUUAUGGAUCAUCUUAACUAUGAUGGGACGGACCCCAAGUCCAUGAGAGAACUGGAAUCUUAUCUUUGCAAAGCAGCUCCAGAUUCGCAGGAUCGCCGCUAUCGCAUUAUCUGUGCACAACAUAUCACUUGUUUGAGCAUGGAGGCGCUGGGCAGCGGGCUUUCUUUAGACCCUAAUGUUUUCAGUCAUCAUAUCGGGACGUCAUUCAGGGACAUUGAAAAGAGUACAGGCAUCUACAAGCUCUGCAACACAAAGAUCGAACAAAUCCCUUCAUCUGUCGGCACCUAUGAGCAUGAGAGAAACCUACAAAUUGUCAAAAAACGUCUAGGGCGACUUUCAAUCGCCAAUGUGGAGCAUUCAAAAGACCUCACAACUCGGAACUCGGUUGCAAAGUCUAUCUACCUUCGUGAAGGUCAUCCUAUCACAAUUUCUGUGGAUGUGCCACGAACAAUAUAUGUGCAAGGAUAUCAAUCCGAGGAGGACAGAACACAGCCUACCGGAAGAGGUCUACGUGCAAGAGUAUUGGCGCUGCAGGACCGAGUCCUGAAUCGUCGCAUUGCUCGGCAGCGAUUUGUGGACGAUAGCAUGUUCUGCGACCAAGGAGAGCGAUAUUCACAAAACGGUCUGGACAUUCUACAGCGAAUUACUAUCCAUGUGAUAAAUGACAAGGCUAACCCCAAGUCUGAACAAGUCUUGGUUCUAUUUCCACCCUGUCCAGAACUUGAUGGAGACAAUACAGACAACGAUCCUCAUGUUUUCCUUGACCCUCUGACCAAGCAAGAAAAUAUCAAAUCGUUCAAAGAAUUCUGUCUGAAUCGGAACCAAAAGGAUCAUCAACCCACGGAGAAACAUACGGCAUCUCGACGGACUAUGUCUCAAAACGUUGAAAUAUUCGCAAAUGAUAUUCUACUUGAGAACCUAACUUUGACUCCCAAAGGACCGACAGAUACGGUCCAGCUCAUACGAUCUUACGCUCUUAAUGCAUGGUUUGACCGUCUGCAGACAUUGAAAGACCAGAUUGAAGAUCUCAGUCUUCAAAGUCUAUCCCAUCGAGGCAUACGGCGACGACGGAACGAAGAUCCACAGGAUUCUGAAGAGGAAAAUCACACAGUUGAUGGACUAAUUGAUGAGGAGGGGAUGAAAAGUGCUAUUCUUCGCUACAUCUCGUCACUGGAUGGAGAAUGUCAGCGGUUGAAACUUGAUUUGGAUGUGGUGAAAGGAGGAUCAUCCACCAACAUGUUCGCCUCUAUUGAAAUACUAGAUCAGACGACGGAGAAGUAUACUCACGUGCGACUGCAAAUGAGCAAUCUUCUCGCCGAAACCCAGCAUUUACUCGAUAUGAAGAAUAGGAAGCUACAAGAAAGGUUAAGAACUGUUCAAAUUGAAGAAGCCAGGGAGUUUAUCAAACAGGCUAAAACAGUGAAGAGGUAUGAUAUUAGGCUACCCUGCAAGAAUUAG